AUGCCAUUCCAAGUUCAGAUCAAAUUCGAAUAGCACCAUCAUUAAAAAGCCAGAGAGGUUCAGUGUGGACAAAAACAAAAGCAGCCUUUGAGAACUGGGAAGUAGAAGUAACAUUUCGAGUGACUGGAAGAGGUCGAAUUGGAGCUGAUGGCCUAGCAAUUUGGUAUACAGAAAAUCAAGGCUUGGACGGCCCUGUGUUUGGAUCAGCUGAUAUGUGGAAUGGUGUUGGAAUAUUUUUUGAUUCUUUUGACAAUGAUGGAAAGAAAAAUAAUCCUGCUAUAGUAAUUAUAGGCAACAAUGGACAAAUUAAUUAUGACCAUCAGAAUGAUGGUACCACUCAAGCUUUAGCAAGUUGUCAGAGGGACUUUCGUAAUAAACCCUAUCCUGUCCGAGCAAAGAUUACCUAUUACCAGAAAACACUGACAGUCAUGAUCAAUAAUGGCUUUACACCUGAUAAAAAUGAUUAUGAAUUUUGUGCCAAAGUGGAAAAUAUGAUUAUCCCCACACAAGGGCAUUUUGGGAUAUCUGCUGCAACAGGAGGUCUUGCAGAUGACCACGAUGUUCUUUCUUUCCUGACUUUCCAAUUAACUGAGCCCGGAAAAGAGCCACCUACACUAGAAAAAGACAUUUCAGAAAAAGAAAAGGAAAAAUAUCAAGAAGAGUUUGAGCACUUCCAACAAGAAUUGGACAAGAAGAAGGAGGAAUUCCAGAAAGGCCACCCUGACCUCCAGGGACAGCCAGCGGAUGACGUAUUCGAGAGUGUAGGCGAUCGCGAGCUAAGACAAGUCUUUGAAGGACAGAAUCGUAUUCAUCUGGAAAUCAAGCAACUUAACAGGCAGCUAGAUAUGAUCCUUGAUGAACAGAGGAGGUACGUCUCUUCCCUGACAGAAGAGAUCUCCAGGAGAGGAGCGGGGACCCCAGGGCAGCCUGGGCAGGUCUCUCAACAGGAACUAGAUACAGUUGUGAAAACCCAGCAUGAGAUUUUGCGACAAGUGAAUGAGAUGAAGAACUCCAUGAGUGAAACAGUCCGGCUGGUGAGUGGCAUACAGCACCCCGGCUCUGCAGGCGUCUAUGAGACAACUCAGCACUUCAUGGACAUCAAAGAGCACCUGCAUGUCGUGAAGAGAGAUAUUGACAACCUUGCUCAGCGCAACAUGCCAUCUAAUGAAAAACCCAAAUGCCCAGAACUACCACCCUUUCCAUCAUGUUUAUCCACCAUCCACUUUGUCAUCUUUGUAGUGGUACAGACAGUGUUGUUCAUUGGCUAUAUCAUGUACAGGACUCAGCAAGAAGCAGCUGCCAAAAAAUUCUUUUGACCUUCAUUUUCCUAUAUGUACAUCAUGUAUGUAUGUAUGUGCAAAUGUCUUUUUGAGGGGAUUUAGUAUUUAAAUCACUUCAUAGUCUAAGUUAUUAAGUUUUGUAAAAAAUAACUCUUAAAAACAUUCAUUUUUCAGUAAAAAUAAAUCUUAAAGACAACCACAUUUUGUUCAUAGUACUACAUGUCUUUACAUUUCAGUGAGUUUCUCGUAGGCAGAAUGUAGCAACUGAACAGAAUAAUGGCAAGUCAAGACAUAAAAUAGGGGCAGCCACUGACUGUGGGCAUUACCCUCUCUAUCUCUGGUGUUGGAGGUUUAUUUAUAUACACACUUGCCUUUCUUCCCAGAACGUGAGGUCUAAACAUGAGCACCCUAUUCAUGUGAGUCUUGUAACAAAAUCAUUUUUAGAAGUGAGAAUUUCCUAAUACAAGAGUGGGUUCUAGAGUCCUUGGUCCCAACACAGCUCUCUCCGGGAUCAGUCACUUGUCUGAGAGCUUUAAACUAGAUACUAGGCAUCAGAGCAUUUAAUGAAAUGUUUUCCCCUGUUUUUAAUGUGUUUUUCACUUUUAAAGGAAAUUUUGGUGGAAAACUAGUAACUACUUUUUGCCUACAUCAUUUAGGUGAGAACAAUCCUAUGACGGUGAUUUUUAAUGGGUAUUUUGCCUGGUGUUUUAUUCAUUCAUGAUGGCAGUUGUCUUGAAUAUCUUUGUUCCAAUAAUGUCAAUUUGAUAUUACAGAAAUAAUUUUUAUACUUUUAAUUUGUGGAGUUUAUUUCUCCCAUUUUGUCAAACAUGUGGUUAGCUCUAAUUACAUGUUCUGCAGCUAUUUUAAAUUCACAGGACUUACUAGUACAUUCUGGUUUACAUUACUCUGGUUUGUGACUUGCAAACUUAAAUUGAGUGGGCUAUGGCAGAAGCAGCUCUGAACUAUUUGAAAGAAAAUUUGUAAAUAUUUAGCUGUUUCUCCUUUAAAUGCUAAAUAGAAAUAAGGAUACUGUGAGUCGCCCAGUAGAAAUUAAUCAGAAAACCUUAGGCUGGCAGGAGUUGUUGUAGGUUAGUUGUAACCUAACAACUACAGUUAGUUGUAGGUAUUUCAGAACCACCUGUGACAUUUUAAAGUGCAGAUUUCACUUUUCUUUUCACAGCUGGGCUAGACUUUCGCUGGCUUCAAGACAAUUUACCUCUUAUUAAAGUAAUGGUCUCGUUGCUAUGGGAUCCAGACCACCACUGUUUAAUAAGAUAUGCAACUAAAUUGUUCUAAGCCUUCGUAAGUUCUCUCUUGACUAUCAUUUGCAGAUUGGGCUAACAACCUAAAAUCUCUAUGAAGACUUUACGAAGAGCACUCUAUGCUGUGGCACUACCUAACUAGCACCACGUGUGCAGCCUCGCCUUGCAUUUUACACUGGCAUUCAUCCUAGAUCUCAAACACAGUGCACUCACAGUGGCUUCACGGAACUCUACAGCGUAAAGCACUUCUCACUUCUCUGUAGUGUUAACACUUGGAAACUCAUGUUCCACAAGUGUCAUUUUCCAGAAUUUAAUAAAAGAAAAAACCUUUCAGUGAAAUGUCAAAUUGUAGACAUUGGGAAAUCUUGAGAUAAAGGACUGCCAAAGCCAGUAUUACAAAGUCCACAGUCAUGUGCCUGAAUGUUAAAGGAAUCCCAGAUCUGGGCAGUGUACAUUUUUCAAGUCCAAGGGGAAGCACAGUGAUGAUUCCUAAUGUGAUUGCAGCUAGCCAUUGUAGCAGGAGUCUUUUAAAUAUCACUCAGCAAGAUAGUUGACAGGGUAUAUAUAUAUAUCUCUUUGUUUUCCUCGAGAUCAUUCAGUCUGAAGCCUCUGAGCAAAACCCUACGCUGUGGGAACUUAGCGCUGCCAGCGUCCCUCUAUUCUGUAGUGUCCUGUGUAACUGCAGUAAUUCACUUCUCACACCAGCAACUAUUUUACAGGUGCCUUGGAUCAAAACAAAAUUAUUUUAACACUUUAAUGUAAUUUUAUGAUGCCACUCUUAAAAGAAAUUGCAAUUAUGUAAUUGCUGAUAGGCUUGUGUAAUAUGCCAUUUGCGUUAUAAUUAUUUGAAUGCUUUAUUUAGCAUAAAACUUCACCAUGGAAUCACAAACAAUAACCAGUGUUUUGUCACAUAUUGAAGGCACGUCAGUGUUUUUCAGAGUAUGGCCCAUGGACCAGCCAUUCAGUUCAUGGAGUGCUUAUUAGGAAUACAGAUUCCAAGACCCCAUUCCAAGCCAGCCGCAUCACUGGGGGGCUUCAGAGUGUCCAUCCCACAGACACUGCACACUGACAGUUGAGAACCACUGAAAUGAGGAGUAGGAAGAGGUGUGUGAUGGUGUUUGUUUCCUUGGCUCUAAGCUGAGCUACGCACAUUUUCACUGUUGUUGAGAUCAGCAGCUCUGCUGGUCCUUCCUGUGCUUGUUAGUGUUUGUUUUGUUAAAAGACAUCAGCAACUACAAACUAACCCCAGGUUGGCUGACCUCGUGGCACUUCAGUGAGGACUCUGAAACUUGUAGAAUCAUCUUUGACUCAGGCAAAGCUUAAGCCUGCCUGCUGAAGCUGUGGCCUUCCUGAUUGUCACCACUUUAUCUCAGACAGCUGCAUAUGUUGAUAACUUGAGGAAACGGAAAAGACUUGAAUAAGAGGUUAAUCACCUGCUUUCUCUGUGGACAAUCAGUCUUUGGAAAGAAAAGCUGAUUGGUUGCCUGGCUGUGAUUCUCUCGAAGCGCCCACAUGCUGGUUGGAGAAAGGCGAUGAACAAAUCAAGUCAUUUGGAAUUUUGUGUUUGUAAGAUUUAGGGUGAGAUCAUCUCUUGCAACUUUUUAGAUCUGUAUGUUGCUCGUUUUAAGAUAUUUCUUUUAUGAUGUUAGAGUUUAAAAGGGUUUCUAUCCACUGUCAAUUUCAAUAAUAAUAUAACAUUUUGUCAAGGGUUUUUGUUUUUUGUUUUGCUUUUGUGAUUGUUACUUGAUGCUAGCUGGAAUUCAAGAAAUGUCAAAUGACCUUAUUCAAAUAAAAGAAAUAUUUUAGUAAA